AUGCGGAACACCUUUGUCGAUCUCACAAACUACGGCACGUGCCUUCACAUCCCUCUGGUCUUCGAGCAAGAAGCCAAGGAUAAAGCCUUCAGGGAUCUUGGAGAAGGAUAUUGCGAGCUGCUCGUGGUGGCCGUGCCGAAUUUUGGCAACCGUCGAUAUAUCGCCUUUCUUGCUCUUCCGCAGGACUGCGAAACGCGCCUGCAGCCGGACAAUGAUCUCACGGUCAUCUUGACUCUUGACUUGGAGAACUCUGCUCCCGAGAAAGGAUGGCAACCGCGAGACCAGCACAUCUACCUGCCCGCAGACCAGGAGCCUAAUGUGAUUCCCUUCAAUACACUGAUCGAUGUUGUUAGCGCGCGCAAGCUCCUUGCCUCCAUCCAGCCGCAGCAGGUUGUCGUCCAUUUAGUCUCAUCGAACCUACCCUACUGCCGUCAAAUCACAGCGGCCAUCCCAUGA